AUGGGACAUAAGGAGCAUGGAGGGACUUGGCACAUGGAAGCAGCUCAACUGGAUACGCAAAGGAAGAAGGGAGAAGCCAUCUUGAAGACCAGCUCGACCGUCCACUCGACCAACCGGUCGAGUUCCUCAACUCGACCGGCCAAGCUUCAACUCGAUCGAGCUGGAAAGAUUGUUGCUGCUGAGGCUCCUGGAGUCCAGAUUGAUCAACCAGAAGUGCAUGCACCUACUGUGGCCAUUCACACUUCACCAGUUGAGCUCGCACGACAAGCUCGAUCGGCAGCUCGAUCGAGUCCAACUCUAGCUCGAUCGAGUCCGACCUCUUCUGUCCGACAGCCUGUUUUGCUUGAUCCUUAUCAACCAGGAUGUUCUGCCAACAGUGAUAAAGUUUCAGAGGUCCUACAAGAGUCUACUCAUCAGUUCAACCUGCUUACUUCACCCACCUUCCUACCAAAGGUCAAGGAUCAAGGGAAAUUCACUCUCCCUUGCACACUUGGGCAUCUUGAGAUUGACAAUGCCUUAGUGGAUUCUGGAGCAAGCAUCAAUCUGAUCUCUCUCUCCAUGGCAGAGAAGCUAGGCAUAGCUGGAGCCUUGCAGCGCCCUACUACUUCAAUCAUCUUUGGAGAUGCAACUACUAAGUCUCCUCUUGGAGUGUUCAAGAACUAUCACUUGAAAAUUGGAGAAUGCAUCAUCCAAACUGAUCUCACUGUGAUGGAAAUGGAAGAAGAGAAGGAUUUGCCUUUGCUAUUGGGAACCCCUUUCCUUAGUACAGUUGGCGCUUCAAUUGACUUUCACAAGCAAGAAGUGAUCCUUCACAAGGUGAAUAGUUUGGUGUCAUAUCGCUUGCAGCCUAGAGGUUCAGACUUUUGUGCCACAAUUGACAGUACCAAUCUCAGUUCUAAGAGUCAUGGAGCUACAAAGGUUGUGAAGGAAAGGGUUGACAAGGAACCAAGAGUUGGGAAGGAUAAGGAUGAGAGAGGACCAAGGAUUGAGAAGCCACGUCUUGAGAGGGCUAGAGUUGAGAAACCACGAUCUGAUAGGCCAAGAGCUGAGCGACUUGUUCAAGCCCCUUGUGUGCUUGAUGAAGAGAGCCUUCAAGCUUUGUUUGAUGAGCCACUAGGAAGGGCUCUAAAAGAAGGGGAGGAUGCAGCCUCUAAGGCAAGACCAGGAGAUAAAAGAAAGGAUCCACCAGCUCAGGCCCCUUCAGUCAAGCCAUCUCAGCUCACAAUGACUUUGUUCCCCACCAAGUUUGAAAAUGGGAAGAUUGAGUACAAGAUAAGGUACAAGGGGAGAUCAAGGCCAUUCUCUAGAGCCAAGGCCUUGGUGACUUCAGAACAGUCCAGGGACCCAACCAAGCUAAAGGAGCUUCUGUCUCAAGUCCUCACUAUCACCCUUGAUGGUGGGACUAGCUCAACCAAUGCCUAA